CAUGUUAUGAUUUUAAAUUGAAUUAUUUUGUCUUCAAGUAAUAAAAAUGAUCGGAUAUAUAUUUAAAAAAAAUAUAAAGUCACAUAUUUAAAUAAAUUAUUACAACACUGAUAUAAUGAAGAAAGUGUUUUUAUAUAAGAUAACAGGAAGAUAAAAUGUGAAUCAAGCGCCAAACCUCCGAUACUACAAGAUUAUAUAGAAACUAUUCAAAAAAUGAUUACACAGUUCUGGGAUUCCCAAAAAUUAAUUAAUUUUGGUUGGUUGUAACUAUAGAAAAAUAAAAAAAAUUAUUAACCAUGACAGUAGAUAUGGAUUACUUGUCCACUUGGGAUGAGUAUCAAUUGAUGUAUAGUCAUCUUAAGCAAAAAUUCUUGGAUAUAUCAAGUCUUCAUAUCACUUGUACAAAUUUAGAUACUAUUAAAUUGUCUUAUAAUCGUGAUAUUUAUUCAAAACGUGCAACAGAUGAUAUUAAAGAUCUUGCGGGUCUAUUAAAAAUAUUAGAAAAUCGGUCAGUGUUGUCUUACAAUAAAAUUGAACCGUUAAAAGAAAUAGCUACGACUUAUGUUAAAGAUCCAGUGCUAGACAAAAUUAUAAAAGAUUAUGAAGAUCAACUACAUAGCCAUCAAACAUUACCUCUUUUUAAUGUUUAUAAAUGCCGAAGUGGUGAGUAUUCCAACAUAAUUACGAAUGACGAUAAUUUAUGUAAUAAUAGUGCUAAUGCUAAUCAUCAAUUGGAAGAGCUUAAUGAUUAUGAAGGUAUGAACCUUUUGCACGUAGAACCAACUAUUACUUACUUACAAGCAACGUCAGAAGCUAUAUUAACAUUACAAUCAAACAAUGAAAUAAAACAAUCAUCAUUUGAGACAAUUAAAAUAAAUCAAUAUACUUAUAAUAAUAAUAUUAACGUUUCAAAAGACAACUCAAUGCCACUUAUGAAAUAUUUUAUAACUUGCAUAAGUGUUUCAACAUUGGUGAUAGCUCUUAUUAUUAUUUUGUAUUUUAUUACAAUUUAUAUGAAAUCAUCAGCGUUAGCAGCAUCAACAUCAACUGAAUUGGGAUCAACUCAACCAGAGCAUCGAUCUACGAGUACUUAUCAUGAGACUCGUUACGUCACUACUUCAUCUUACAAUCUACCGAUACCUGAUGCGAAGACUUUACGCCUAACAGAUCUUCAAACAAAAAUUUUAUAUCGGAUAAGUGAAAACAUUGGACGAUAUUGGAGAGACUUGGCUAGAAUUUUAAAUGUCAAAGAGGCUGAAAUCGAUUCGAUAGAUUUAAAAGACGGAGCAAUCAAAGAUAAAUCUUUUGAAAGUUUAAAAAUAUUUUUAUCAAGAUGUGAACCAUGUAAUUGGCAAAGAAAGUUGAUACGAUCAUUGGAGUUUAUUCGCCGUAAAGAUUUGGCAGAAAUGGUAGAAGAUUUACUUACUCAAAAUAGUUAGUAACUAUUUUUUAUUAAAUUUUUUUAAUUGAAAUAUAUUUCUAUACAACUUUUGUAUUAUUUCAUUAUUGAAUCAAUUAAAUAAAUAUAACAAAAAACAAUAAUGAUAAAGGCUGAAUUAAAGUGAAUACAUUAUGUUUUUUUUAUUUAUGACUCAACGUUUAUAAUGUAAUUACAUAAGAACUAAAACAACCGUUGUUAUUUUAACAAAUAAAUACAGCAGCCUGCACGUAUUUUUGUUAUUUUUUGUAUGUUAUAUCGAAAAUUUAUUUUAUAAC